AUGGUUGCCUCGUCCACAAUGUCCAACCUAGAGCGCGAGGAUCAUAAGCGUGAUGCCGAAUUCAACAAGGCCAUGCACGGCAAGUCUGCCCAGGCCAAGGGUGGUAUUGCCGCCAUGUUCGCCAAGGGCUCUGCUGCCAAGCAGGCUGCUGUUGACGACUACUUCAAACACUGGGACAAUCAGGCUGCCAAAGACGAGACUGAGGAGACGCGCGCUGCCCGUGUUGCCGAGUACGCUACUCUGACCAGGCACUACUACAACCUGGCGACCGAUCUGUACGAGUACGGCUGGGGGCAGUCAUUCCACUUCUGCCGCUACUCCAUCGGCGAGCCCUUUUACCAGGCUAUUGCUCGUCAUGAGCACUACCUCGCCCAUAGCAUUGGCAUCCGUGAGGGCAUGAAGGUCCUUGAUGUUGGCUGCGGCGUUGGUGGCCCUGCCAGGGAGAUUGCCAAGUUCACCGGCGCCCACAUCACCGGCCUGAACAACAACGACUACCAGAUUGACCGCGCUACCCACUAUGCUGCCAAGGAAGGCAUGUCCAACCAGCUCGACUUUGUCAAGGGCGACUUUAUGCAAAUGUCGUUCCCUGACAACAGCUUCGACGCCGUCUACGCCAUUGAGGCUACCGUCCACGCCCCCACGCUCGAGGGCAUCUACAGCGAAAUCUUCCGCGUCCUCAAGCCCGGCGGUAUUUUUGGUGUGUACGAGUGGCUCAUGACAGACAAAUACGAUAACGACAACCUUCACCACCGUGAGAUCCGUCUCGGUAUUGAGCAGGGUGACGGUAUCUCCAACAUGUGCAAGGUCGAGGUUGCCCUCGACGCCAUGAAGGCCGCCGGUUUCGAACUCCUGAUCAACGAUGACCUUGCUGAGCGCGACGACCCCUUCCCUUGGUGGUGGCCCUUGUCUGGCGACACCCGCUACAUCCAGUCCAUCUACGAUAUCUUCACAAUUGUCCGCAUGACCAAGUGGGGACGUACUCUCGCCCACGGCUUUGCCGGUGUCAUGGAGACGCUCAAGCUGGCUCCCGCUGGCACCAAGAAAACGGCCGACAGCCUGGCCCUUGCCGCUGACUGCCUGGUUGCUGGUGGCAAGGAGCACCUCUUUACUCCCAUGUACCUCAUGGUUGGUCGCAAGCCUGAGUAA